AUGUCAACAAAGAUUACUCGCAAACGUUUGCAAACAAAAAAUCGUAAAUAUAAAUAUGCAAACUAUCAACAAGCUCGUACAGAAAUACUCAACUUGGAGACUGAAGGGUAUAUCGUACCAGAAAAUGAUGAUGAAGAAGAACGCACAGUUGAUAUAACCCAAACAGAUAUUCAAAAUUCUGUUGAUAUUUCUAGUUCACAAAAAUAUUUUGAUUUAAAUCUAGAUAAAUUUGGACCAUACAGAAUUAAUUACACAAAAAAUGGACGUCAUUUACUGAUGGGUGGUCACCGUGGUCAUAUAGCCGCAUUUGAUUGGCAAACUAAAAGACUGCACUGUGAAAUUAAUGUCAUGGAACAAGUGAAUGAUGUGAAAUGGUUACACAUUGAAACAAUGUUUGCAUGUGCCCAAAAGCAGUGGGUGUACAUUUAUGAUAAUCAAGGCGUUGAAUUACAUUGUUUAAAAACCAUGGAUCGAACAGAACGCUUAGAAUUUUUACCAUAUCAUUUUCUUUUGGUAUCAAUAAAUUCUUCUGGUUAUCUAUCCUACAUCGACGUCUCUAUUGGAAAGAAAGUUAUCUCCUAUCCGACAAAAAUACCUGCCACACGUCCUCAAGUUAUGUGUCAAAAUAAAUCAAAUGCAAUAAUAACAUUGGGACAUUCCGGUGGAAUCGUAACAAUGUGGUCACCAAAUCAGAAAGAACCUUUAGUGAAAAUGUUAGCCCAUAAAUCAACGAUAAGAAGUAUAACUAUAGACCAAACAGGAAAUUACAUGGCCACCUCAAGCGUUGAUGCUCGAUUAAAAAUCUGGGAUAUUCGUAAUACGUAUAAAGAAUUAAAUGAUUAUCGAGUCAAAACGGGUGCACAUAGUUUAGCGUUUAGUCAAAAGAACUUAUUAGCUGCAAGUUACAGAGAUGUCGUCGAGAUUUAUAAGGAUUUCACCAACGCUGAGACCAGUAGUAUGGACAGUGAUGACGCACCGAAAUCUCCUGCUGCUUACUUGAUGCAUCGUUGUCGUGGUCAGAUCACACAUCUCGAGUAUUGUCCAUUUGAAGAUGUGUUAGGAAUUGGAUAUGAUCAAGGUUUCAAUAGCAUCAUUGUGCCAGGCAGUGGUGAAGCGAAUUUUGAUUCGUUAGAAGCGAAUCCAUAUCAGACUAAAAAGCAACGUCGACAUUAUGAAGUCAAAGCAUUAUUGGAUAAAAUUCAACCGGAUUUAAUUUCAUUAGAUAAUGAUGUAUUGGCUGAAAUCGAUCAAAAAACAUUAAAAGAAAAAAUGGAUGAAAAAAAUAAAUUAUUAUUCAUUAAGCCGAAAAAAAUUGAAUUGAAACCGAAAAAAGGCAAAAUUAGCGUUCAGAAUCGACGAAAAACACAAAUGAGAGAUGCAAAUAUCAAAAUCAAAAUAAUAAUGGAUUUUGAUUGGGAUUGGUUAUUAAUAUUGGGUGAGUUUGGAUUAACAUUUGGAUUUUACAGAUGGUGGAAAUCAAAAGAAAUAUUUGUUGAUGUGCUUGAAGCUGCUCCAGAUUUGGAUAUCGAAAAUUUCAAGAAAUGGCAAAGUCCAAUUGAGUUUGCUUCGGUACAUGGUAUAAUUCGAAAUGAUGUACAAGAGUGUUUAACAUCACAAUACACUCCGCAUACAAAAGGAGUUAUCAAACAAAUAACGAUCAGAGAAUUCAAAUCGGAAAAAUUCAAAAAUAUUUGGACUCAAACAAAAAAUGUUUUAUCCGAUGUAGUUCGUCAAGUUCCUAUGCGUUUAACAUCUCCAAGUGGCAAAUAUGUUCGUAUUGAACAACCAUUGGCAUUCGACUCAAUCACAGACGAACUAGAAGUGACACACUGUAAAUUUGAACCAUAUGCAACAAGUGGAAUACAAGCAAUUAUACAAGGAUUAUUUGGCCAAGUAUCAACCGGUAUUGAGACAAAAGAGAGUAUGCUACUGUUGGAUAGACCGCUGACAGGUGUUGGACGAUUGGAAAAACGUGGCCAACACUGGAAUUUAUUAUUAAAUGACAAAUAUGGUGGCAUUUUAACACGUUUAUCUAAAAAAGAAAUUAUUGAUCAACAUCGAUCAUCAUCCAAAGUCAUCAAAUUCUUUACAUAUGUAUUUGGGCUUUGUACAGUGUUCACAAUCACAUAUUUAACUUAUAAACGUUACAAACGUUAUAGACGAAGGUCUCGUUUAUCCGAAACUGCUCCGUUACAAAAUGGAACUCGAACAAUUUUGCCGUCCAAUUUACCUGAGUAUGAUGUACCGAUAAGCGAUGAUAAUGAUUCUCGAUAUAAAUGUAUCGUAUGUUUGACGAAUGAAAUUGUUUAUAUUAUGCAGCCCUGUUCACAUUUGGGACUUUGUUUGUCCUGUGCAAGACAUUUACAAGAACAAGGACAAGAUCAGUGUCCAAUAUGUCGACAAGACAUUCAAAAUUAUCAUAGAGUUUAUAUGGCUUAG